AUGUGUGCUGGCCCAUUAUUUGCUCCAUACCCUGGCCUGCCCCUCGCCCAGCAGGUCAACGAAGAUGCACUUGACGUGUUUCCUUUGAUUUGGUUGGUGCUACUCAUCAUCUCUCUUCUGAAACUGGGGUUUGCAUUUAUCCUCAUCGUCGUCCUUGCACUUGUGUUCAAUAUUAGUACCAAUGUUAUUGGUUUCACCUAUGCUGACUGCAAUUCCAAGCAAAAGUGGGCUACGAGUGUUGUUGGAUCCCAAUGGGCAAUGGGACUGGGUGGAAUUGGUAGCCCAAUCAACGCACCGAUCGUCGCACCGCCCGCCCAAGUCUUCCCAGCCACAAACACCCAAGGCCAGAGGAUCUGCAGACAAUGCGGUUUCCCAAGACAGUAUAAAGACAACAAGUGCGUUGAAAAAUGGGGCCCUGGGCUGAUGGGUCCUAGGACUGUUUGUGAUCAGUGUAAGAAAAUGAAACGCGUCGAGAGGCGAGGAACCCUGGAGACGCAACAACAAAUGGCGGUCAUGCACCAGCAGCCUUCGCGAGGGGGGUCGAUGUCACAACUUCCGCUCUCUCAAGGCUCGGAUCGAUCGAUACAUAGGACGGAUAUGGUUCUCACACAUCAUGGAAGUUUCUUGCAGCCCUCGCAAUCCCAAUCGCAGAUUCUGGGGAGGGAGCCGUUGCCCGCACGCGCAAACCCAGGCUCCACCGCGUUCAUCGCACUCGCAUCCAUCCCAUACCUCGCAUUUGAGAACCCCCACGGUCUGAACCGUAGCCCUCCGCCUUCCAUAGCUGCGUUUGAGGAGGACGAAGGGGAGGAGGAGGAUGCUGAACAUGAACGUGAACAAGAGCAUGAUGGGGAGGAUGGCGAUUCAGAGCAGUUGCUGCUUUCGAAUGUUGGGAGGGGAGGAAAGGUUGGGAGUAGGAGUCGGGCGGGUGUGAAGAAAAAUGGUGCUACUGCCGCUGGAGGGAAGAGCAGCACUGGUGGGAGGAACACGCCUGCGGGUGGGGGGAGGAGCACGCCCGCGCGUGGUGGAGGGAGAAGUACCCCUGUCAUAGGAGGAAGAAGCACGCCAGCUGGAAGAAGCACUCCAUCAGGAGCGAGAAGGACGACGCCAGCAAACAAAAAAUCGCCGUUGGGUGCGGCAAUAUCACCCACACUUGGGAUGGAGGUGGACGAGACGGACGCUGAUGCUAAUGCGGAUGCGGAAGCUGAGGCUGAGGCUGAGGCUGAGAUUCUAGGUGCGGUUGAAGCGACUGGUGGUGGGGAUCAGGAGUUGGUUGAUGCGGAUGGGGAUGCAGAGGCGGAGCUGUUGGAGGCUGUGGAUCCUGCCGAGGUGAAUAGCAGCAGCAGCAGUAGCCAUGGCGGACCGAGUGGAGGCGGGUGGAUGAAGGAGGAAGAUGGGGCUUGA